AUGGCCAUGGUUUCCUACCCGGAAUCAGUCGAUCGUGCAAAAGCGCCGCCGCCGCCGACGGCCUCGACGUCGUCGCGUCUCUCGCAUUCUAGUCGACGACAACACCGUCAUGGGCGCUCGCAUCACGGCGGAUCCUCGUAUAACCCACAGAAUGAAUUCCCCAUCUUUGCGCAUACGGGAGAUGUGGAAAUAGUCAUUGCCGCGAAAGGCCAAGAAAAGCGAUACCUGCUACAUCGUCUGAUCUUGUCGCAGUGUUCGGGGUUUUUUGAAGCAAGCACGGGCGAGGAAUGGACGCGGUAUGAAAUGCAGAAGGAGUCCGCAAGCGCGGUCAUCGAUUCCGAUCCCAGCUUGCAGAGCAUUGCAGAGGACGGGUCCUCCAUCGUCUCGCGCCGAGGUAGUGCGCAAAGUGCGUCCCUGCCACCGAGGCUAAGAUGGAGAUACGAAUUAGACUGGCAGAACAAGGAAUUAGACGAAGAGCCGAUUUUGGUACGGAAGCCUACAACAUCCGAUCCGGCCUUCGCUGUACCAUCGUCAUUCUCGUUGCCAACGCCUCAGCCGAUAACGAAGCCGGUUGCCCCACGAACUGGGUUUUUCCGGUCUGUUGCUAAUCUCGCUGGUAUGCAAUCUGCUGUGCAUAUUCCUUCGAAUGCAGUGGUCCCAGAUGCCGAGACGCAUCCUCUUAUCCGCGACUACGACAAUCUCUUCCGGAUAUUCUAUAAUUUCUCACCCAUCUUGAACAAUGUGAAUAUUGCGACUGCUUACUCGGAGUGUAAAGCGCUUCUCAGUUUAGCAGACAUGUACGAUGCACUCGGAGUAGUUGGCUCCCGCAUUGAUCAUCACUUGCUCCGAUUUUCGUCUCGAUUGUUUAAGCAGAUUGCAAAAUAUCCUCCAAGCUACCUAAAACUAGGAUAUUUGGCCCACAGCCGUGUUAUAUUCACAGAAGCCCUCAUACACGUGGUAGGACAAUGGCCUGCGGCACAGACCCAGUUAUGCAAUGGCUCGCCUCUACCCGAUGCUGUCCUGGAUUUGAUCGAAGACAAAGUAGACGACCUGGAGGACCUAAAGGCACGAGUUGAUGCAAAACUAUUCCGCCUCACAUUGACCACAUCGAGAGGUGAACGUGUCAGUCCUUCGAAUGCGUACCUGGACUGGCUUGCGGUGUCUCUCUUUAGGCAGUGGUUUGUGGAUAAUACAACGCCACCGCCCGCACCAAUACUGAAGAAUUCAUCUGGUGGUCAGCCUGGAUCCUCCAGGGGAAUGAUGCCUAUCUCCACCGGCCGCGUUUAUCGACUCAUUGGUUCAUCCUCGCCCGAAGCGUACCUGCCACAUGACGAACUCAGACGUUUCCUCAAGUUGCGAGUGUCAUCGUCCUCCGAAUCCCUAUAUACACGAGAUAACUUCAAACGGUUUGAACGUAAGAUGGACGAGAUCAAGCGCUUAGCACGGGAAGUGGUGAAGCCCCUGAUGAGGAACUUCCUUGAGCUGGACCUCAAGGGAAGUGACAACAACGGAGGGUCUGGAGGCAGCGGAGUCGGAGACGGUGGCAUUGGAGGACUGCCAUAUUUGACUUGCAUCAAGAUUGAAGAAUCGGAUCUCCCGUGGAGAUGA